AGUGUUCCUUCGUUCACCAAAGCCGAAAAGUUGCCAACAUCAUUCAAAUCAUUCUUUUGAUCUUACAUACAAGCAAAGCUUUCUUGGUACUUUUAACAUCUUUUAAAAUGCAUGUCUCUAAGAUCCUUACCGCCGUCGCCGCCCUCUGCAUUAAAGGCAGCCUUGCAGUCAAUGUCUUGACCUACAGCGGCCGUGACUGCACGGGCACGGUCCAGGAUGUCAAGGUCGACAACAAUGCAGCUUGCUCUACCAAAACCAAACCAUUCCAGUCUUACAAGGAAAAUGGAUGGGGAAAGAGUAACGGGCAGAGGAUUGCGUUCUACAACCAACCCAGCUGCAGUACGAACUCAUUCCUAUAUGACACGUACUCUUAUGAUGGAGACUACUUCCACUCCAAGCAAUGCUACAAUAUCGAUGGUCAUUCGCCUGUUUCGGUCGCUCGGGGCAUGAAGCUCUACUAGCCAGGCAUCUCGCGACUCAACUCCUCUGCAAAGCGCUAGGGAUCAUUCUAAUGCGGUUGACAGACUUCAAUACUCAAGCAUGCCUCCCAUCGAUCCAACCUGCAUUACAGCAAUUAGUCGAUCUUUCUCUACACAAACCGCUCAUGUAGAGGUCAUCUCACCGAACUCGUGCAAUCCUACAGUGAUGAAUCUGAUAUUUGCAGAAUCUGCAGUUCCUGCGAACAGGCCUCUACUUACUCUCUCGGUUUAGGGUUUCUGCCUUUUUUAUGUAUUUAACCUAGUCGCUCGCUCAG